AUGCCUUCACAAACACCUCGGCAUGGCUCCCGCAAGGACGAUCGCAACCGCCCUCCUCGACAAUAUCCCAUCGAAGAAAUCAUCGAUGGUGUAGAGGACAUGUUCAAAAACGGUAGAUGCCGAGAGCGCUCCCAUCGAGAGCAUCAUGACAACCGGGGAGAAUUUCGUCCGACCUCGCAUCCCCCUAGAUCUCAUCAAGAUCCCAGGACGAAGCGAUCCCAACAGCGGCCAGCGUCUCAUCAAUCUAAAGACCAGCGCAAAGACUUCCUGGGACAGCCCAAGAUCAUCAGUGAUGACGGCACCACCGACUAUCCCAACAUGCAUACCUGGAUCAGCUUGCGUGAGAGCUGCAACAGCCUCAUUUCUGGCUACGAUACGCUCGAAUUUCGGUAUGAAAAUCUGAGCGAAGCGACACAAUGUGCCCUCCUCCGCACUCCCAACCCCAUCGAGCGCUUCACGAUCCGCUGUGUCCUUCAUCCCGCUCCCUUCCCUCACGUUCUCAAGAUUCGGGAGAUGUACUUGGCUGAGCUGCGGAUGGCAAACGCGGCGCUCAAGUCCAUUGCCCGGAACGAAGAUGGUAAGACUCCAACCAACAAAGAGCGUCUCGCUACCAUCUUCACAGAAGUUGCCGACCAUCUACGAGUUGCUGACCGUAGUCUUACUGAUGUGACUGGCGUUAUAGAUGAGUUGAAGCGGCAGGAUAAGAUCCAGAGGGAUAUGGAUGCGGGGAAUUGGAUGGGGGAUGAGCAGAAGAAGUGGCGAGCGGACCAGCGUAAGGCACUUUGGCAUGAGAUCUAUGAUGAGUUGGAGAAGGAGGUCCCGCUGAAAGAGGCGGUGCUGGGAACUGUCAAGAAAUGGGAGGGGAAGACGGAUUAG